ACAUUGUCAUUUUGAUGAAGACUGGCAAGUGAAACAAACUGGAAUGCCACAAGUUGGAACCUGUCAAGGCAGGAAGCAAAAACAGAAGAACAAGAAGAGAAAGGAACCUGUUUUUACUCAUUAUUGUGAUACGUGUGAUCGUGGCUUUAAAAACAAGGAGAAAUAUGAAGAACAUACCUCUCAGCACAAGCAGUGUACAGAAGAUGGCUGCAACUUUAGAGCACAUGAGAAAUUGGUUCAGAUCCAUUGGAAAAAUAUGCAUUCUCCUGGUGCCAAGCGAAUCAAAUUAGACACACCAGAUGAAAUUGCUAGAUGGAGAGAAGAAAGAAAAAAAAAUUUCCCUACUUUGGCAAAUAUUGAAAAGAAGAAAGCAUUAAAGAUGGAAAAGGAAUGUCGGGGAGAAGUGCUGACCACAUUGCAAUUUGGCAAGAUGAAGGGAAUGUGGAAACCUCAAUAUGAAGUUUCUAGACAACAAGGAAACACACAGAGAAGAACAAAUUGGUGCUAUAAUAAAUCUAGGGAAGUUUCUAAUGACAAAGAUUUCCCACUAAAUGGUUCAACUGUGACUGGUCCCAACAACCAUGGAGCUGAGGAGAAGAUUAGAAGAGAACCUUCUGGAGACACACAAGACUCUAUAACAGAUAGAGACCCCCUUAGCGUUCUGGCCAGUAGUGAUCCUGAAUUAGACAAAGAGGCAGGAACUUCCAGAGAUCAAGCUCUGGGAACUAGUAUUGUUCCAAACCAGGUGACCCCGGCCCUGAGCUCCCUGGUUGUCAACUACGGCAGCUUGUCUGAAAGCGAGAGUGAACAGGACGAGGCCAUCACUCCUGUAGCAAAAACAGUAGCUGAAAAUGAGGCCAUUCCCAGAAAUACCCCUCAGUCUUCAAACAACUCUCAAAGCUGUGAACAGGAGGAUCAUCAAGAAGCUCUCUGUUACCCAUAUAAAGGGGCAACACCGGGAAGAGCAAAAUCACAUACAAGGAGCACAAGAAAUCUGAAAAGGCAGAAGAAAUCACUUCCUGCACUGCGAAACCACCACCCAACUUUGCUAGAAAUGCUUCUAGCAAAGGACAUACGACAUGAAAGGAACGUGAUUCUACAGUGUAUCCGCUAUAUUCUCCAAAAUAAUGGCCUUGGACCCCAUUUAGAAACUAAUUCAAGCACUCUGUUGGACAGCGAGCCAACUCCUUGGCAUGCAAAAGAGUCAGCGACAGACAAGCCUUGCAAAGUAAUCAACUCUCUCAACUUUGACCAGAACAAAACAAAACCAAAUGAACUAUUUGAAAGCAAGGAAGUCUCUGCAUCUCCUGCUGUUGAUGAGGAUGUUUGGGAAUCUACAGCGAUCACUUGUAAAGACAACUGAUUUUUUUUUUUUUUUACCCACACAUGGGUGACUAUUGCCCAUAUUGGGAUCCUUGCUGAAACUCCUCAGAUUGUACAUUGCAUCCAAAGAAUUUGUAUAAAUUUAAAUUAAUUGUUUGAUGAAAACUAAAACUCAGUUAGGCCUUGUGAUAUUAUGAUCUUGCAAUGUUAUUCUUCAGGGAUUCAUUUUUACUUACUGUAAGUGUGAAUAAAAAUCAUAUUAACACUGUUUUA